AUGGGAGGCACUCGAGCACAAAAGGCAGAAUACUUUGAGAAGGUCAAGUCUCUCGUUGAGACCUACAAGUCCUGUUUCAUCGUCACCGUUGACAAUGUCGGUUCCCAGCAGAUGCACUUGAUCCGAAAGUCCCUCCGUGGCGACGCUGUUGUGUUGCUCGGAAAGAACACCAUGGUCCGUCGUGCUCUCCGUCAGUUCACCGCCGACAUUCCAGAGCUCGACCGUUUGCUGCCCCUUGUGCGCGGUAACAUGGGUUUCGUCUUCACCAACAGCGACCUCAAGGACAUCCGUGAGCGCAUCUUGGCCAACAAGGUCGCUGCUCCUGCUCGUGCUGGUGCCAUGGCUCCCCUUGACGUCUACGUCGAGGCUGGCAACACCGGUAUGGACCCUUCCAAGACCUCUUUCUUCCAGGCUCUCGGUGUCCCCACCAAGAUUGCUCGUGGUACCAUUGAAAUUGUCUCGCAGGUCCACCUUGUCCAGGCCGGUACCAAGGUCGGUGCAUCUGAGGCUACCCUCCUCAACAUGCUCAACAUUUCUCCCUUCACCUACGGUAUGAAGGUGGUCAACGUCUACGACGACGGCCAGGUGUUUGGCCCUGAAGUCCUCGACAUCACCGACGACGUGCUCAUUGGUCACUUCAUGUCGGCCAUCCGCAACGUCGCCUGUGUGUCGCUUGCCGCCAACUACCCAACCCUCGUCAGUGUCAUGCACUCUGUCAUCAACGCGUACAAGAACUUGCUUGCCGUGUCGGUUGCUACUGAGUACACCUUUGAGGGAUCUGAGAAGAUCAAGGAGUAUUUGGCCAACCCCGAUGCCUUUGCUGCCGCUGCCCCUGCUGCAUCCGAGUCUGCUCCUGCUGCCUCUGAGGCCGCACCUGCUGCUCAGGAGGAAGAGGAGGACUCUGACGGUUCCAUGGGCAUGGUCACCUCCUAUAUCGGUGCAGCGGCCAUCACACUACCAGAGAACGUCACACUCGAACCAUGGCAAGCAUCAACAGCUGCUUCUCCAGCGCCAGCAAAAUCCACCGUACAAACACAGACGAAAUACAUCAUCACAGGUCCCGAGGGAUCCCUAGACCUUGCUGUUCCUCAUUUCGUUACUUUCAAACAAACAUCCACAAGUGUCACAGUUUCUGUACAAGAUGCCAAUAUCAAGCGACAACGUGCCAUGUGGGGAACGACCCGAGCACUCCUUCAAAACUGCGUACGGGGUGUCGCAGAAGGUUAUGUCGUGACCAUCACAUUUGUGGGUGUUGGUUAUCGAGCAGCCGUUGAAGCUGCUGCUGCAGGACAAUUGGAGAGUACCGGGACCGUUGUCCUUCGUGUUGGCUACUCGAAACCAGUCAGUUUGCCACUACCAAAGAGCAUCUCAGCCUCUUGCUCACAGCCGACUGUCCUCAUGCUACGUGGCGUGGAUAAGCAGGCUUUAACACAAUUUGCUGCAGUGAUCCGCAGUUAUCGCCCACCAGAGCCAUACAAGGGAAAGGGAAUCUUCGUCAAUGGCGAGACGAUCCGGAUCAAGGACAAGAAGAAGGGCAAGUAG